AUGUUACUACUAGUACUAGUUUUACUAGCGUUAAUUUUGAUUUCCUGCACAAAAGCCCAAAAUCAAAGAAUUCAGCGUCCUUUCGACAAUGGCCACGGAUGGGAUAUAAGGCUUGCGGUGCCUGGAGAGCCCGGCAGCGAUUAUCCCGUAUUAAAUUCGAUACCACGAACAUCAUUCACGUGCUCUGGAAAAGAACCAGGGUAUUAUGCAGAUACAGAAACCGAUUGUCAAGUUUUCAGAGUAUGUACACUAGGCACUACAUAUGGAUUUCAAUCUUUCUUAUGCCCAAAUGGAACUUUGUUCAAUCAAGCCGUAUUUGUGUGUGAUUGGUGGAUGCAAGUAAACUGCCAGAAGUCAAAAGAACUUAUAAAUAGGAAUAAUGACAAAUUUGGGAACUUAAAACUAGGACCACAAUUCAUGUCUGAUAUAAAAAAAAUGAUAACACAUUCUAUGAGAAACCCUUAUGAUAAAGUCUAUAGUAAAAAUAAUGUAGUUAUAAUGCAAGAAUACAAACCGCCUUCUGGACAGCUCUAUAGUGGAAACUUUUACCGAAAUUCACAAAAAAGUGAAAAUUCUUUUUACCCAAAUACACCACAACAUAACCAAGGAAACUCUUUUAGAGAUAUAUUUUCAAAUUCAGAUAUUUCAUUUGCAGCUUCGACACCUACCACUCAAUUUAUUCAACAUCACAAUACUUUUAAUAAUCAGAAACAAACAUUCCCUUAUUCGCAAUUAAAUAAAGCACAAACUUUGCCAAUCACAAAAUCUGCUUUAAUAUCCAAUGCUCAUGGAGGUCAAUCAUCACAAAACAAUAAGCAAUAUACACCAUUUAACAGGUCACCAAAUUUGUCACCAAUUAACUCACACUUGUAUAACAAUAGAAACUCAAAUACAGGCAAGCAAACAACAUAUACGAUAGACUAUUCAAAACAACAAUUAAACCAACAUAUAAAACAGGAAAAACAAUUAUAUACCCCUGGACCUACACAAGCACGGUUUUCUAAAGAUAUCGUUAGCCACGUGGAUAAAGAAACGAAACAAAAUUUGGUAAGUAACGAAACACAGCCAAGGAUUAUAACUAAAACUCUAGCAUUUCGUAGAAUAGUAAAAGAUCCGAAAAGUGGUACUCCUAGGUCUAGAAUAACCUUUAAAACGUGGAUAGUAAGACCAUCUAAAAGUUCAAAGUUAAUUACUGUUACAACGCCUUUUCCCCAUAAUGAUAACACUAAUUUCACAAAGACUUUGAAUCCUGGUAGUACCACUAAUAUCAGUUUUCCUUUAAAGCCAUCUUUAUAUAGUGAUUCAAACAACAAUGGUCCUGAUCCAUACAAAUAUAGUCCAUUAAGAAUUUAUAAUAGACAAAUUUCGGCGAUAAAAGAAGUUCCAGAUAAUCAAGUAUCAUCAACAUCUCCCUUUACAAGUUACAAAUAUUCUAUACCCACUAAAGCAUCUCCUACUUACUUAAUUCCUACAACUUUCAAACCAUCUCCUGUUGAAUAUAUUCCACCUAUUGACAGAGCUAGACAAAUCUCACGACAAUAUUUAUUACCAAAUGAUGAUUAUGAGCAAUUAGUUCCCGUCAGCAGUACUCCUGAACCGUUGUUUAAAGCUCCCUUAGUAGAAACUAAAUUUGAACCUAAAUUGUCCAUUAACAAACAGUCACGUAUCAAUACAAACAAUAACAAUGUCACAUUUUCAGACAUUCUGACAAAAGAAAAAUUAGAUAUAACAGUAAGCGAUAUCGUUAAAGACACAAAUGAAAUACUGGAAAACGACUCUCCAGAAAUUACUAGACAAUAUCAAAAAAAUACUCAAUUAUUAAACUAUCCUGUUGAUAAUUAUUUACCACCUAAUCCAGAACCAUAUCAAGAAAGUGACGAAAAGCUUAUUUUGCAGCCUCCUCCAAUAUUGCCAAAAAGUUCACGACUUAUUGCGACCUUAUCCCCAAACUUAGAACCACCUUUUGAGACUUAUAAAAUAAAUCAAACUUUUAAUAAAGUAUCUCAUUUACCACAUUUGAAGGAACCAAGUGUACUAGCUAACACAAUUGAAAGAACUGUAUCCUUAAAAAUUACUAUACCAGUAAACAUUGCUGAAUAUUUAUUUAAAAAACAUGGUAAUAACGAUUUAUAUAAUUUAGAGAUUUUAAACACGCCAAAUAAUAAUUAUUUGGUACUGACAAAUAAUUUAACUGAAAAUUCAGGCUCUAACUUUAUUCCUAUUGGUAAAUUAAUUCAAAAUAACAUAUCUAAUAUUUCUGAUUCACAGGACUUGGUGUUUUCUUUAUUAGCAGACUCUAUUAAUACUGCUAAAGAAUACAACAAUGUGGCACAACUAAGCAUUGCACAACCUACACCUUCACAAUUACAAAAUGAUGAAUUAGGAAGAAUAUCAAAGGACAUAUCAAAAUUUACUUCAUCACAACAUCCAAGGCCCAGGCCUUCUAAUCUUGAAAUUAAAGCAGAACAAACUAUACCAAAAACACAAACGGGAAAUACAAACUACUUAAGCAGAUUCACACAACAGCAGAGUGAACACUUACAAUCAACACCACAUAAUAUUCUACCUACACAAAAUAAUAAGAGCCUACUUCAACCGAAUGAGUACAAAAAGAAUAGUAUCUCCAACUUACCAGCAAACUCUAAUAGAAUAUACAGUGGCCAACUUUAUCAACUUCCUGUACCCGAUGUAACAAGGCAGAUUUAUAACUCGCCUAAUCCAUCAAUAUCAAAUUUUAUUUUAUCGAAUAGCUUCCUGCCUACCUACAGCCCUCAACCAAAUUCUGAAGCUGAAGUUGAAAUUAUACCCUCUCAAAUCAUACCAACUUCGUCUCUUCAAUCAGCAUUUAAUGAAAAAGAUGUAGCGUUAGAUCAAGGAAGAUCCGCUAAUGUAUUCAUAGAUGAUUUCCAAAUACCCACAAAUGGUAUAUCAGCACAAAUCCGCGAUAACAUAGUUGGAACCAUACCUCAUCCUGAGAAUAGUGAAAAACGUAUUCAAUAUAAAAAAGACCAGACUUAUUACUUUUAUUCGCAUUUAAAUAAUAAUAAAAACGAUGACUCCAAUAGUGAGCUAGAUCUAUCCAAUAAAUUAUUUUUACUAAGCAAUCUAUCACAUCCUACGUUUCAAUUAAUUCCGUCAGUAGGGUAUAAAUUAGACAACGAGAAAGAAAAACAAAAUCUUUUAAAUGUUUUUCAGAUAGACGAGUAUGGUAAUCCAAAAAAAAAUAAACAAAAUGAAAAUAUAAAUUUUAAUCGCCGCCAAGACAUCAGCAGUGAUAUAGAUUUCACUGUCAUGCAUCCAACUUCAUCUACUAAAAGUCAAAAAUUUAGUAACUUUAAUGCUCUAUACAAUGGACCGACUUCAUACUCUGCUCGCCAAGCUUCAGUAGGAAGUUUAGAAGCAAAUCAAAAUAUUAUAAAAGAUUCUUACUUAAACUCUAGAUUAGAAAAAUUUGAUACUUUUGAUAAAGAUUACGGUUAUCCGAAGAUUACCCCAGCGAAGAAAUUUACAUUU